AUGGCCUUCAUCACUUUUGUGACCUUGGUCUUCAUUGGAUCAGAAAUCAAAAUGCGGUCAAGGGUCUUUGAUAAGUUCCCCAAGAAACAGCCAACAAAUAUUCCCUUGGACGACAGCAAUGCAACAGAAAAGAUGGCUUUCAAAAGGCUGCUUUCUAAACUGGGCGCAAUUUUCUCUCAGGACCAAGAAGAGGAAGAGCAGGAGGAUUUAGCCAUGAACAUGAACGGCAGCGGACAUAAACAUAUAUUGCUGAUGGCCACCACACGAAGCGGCUCAUCAUUUGUUGGAGAAUUUUUCAACCAGCAUGGGGAGAACAUGUUCUAUUUGUUUGAGCCUUUGUGGCAUGUCAAACGAUUUCUUUUAUCCCCCGCAGGGGCGCGCAACACCUCAGUAUCCUCUGUCUACAGGGAUGUACUCCAGAAGCUCUUCCUGUGUGACUUUUCAGGCCUUGAGAAGUUCAUCUCUCCCCCACCUCAGCAACAUGUCACCACAGAUCUUUUCAGCAGAGGAUCCAGCGUGUCUCUGUGUGACGAUCCUGUCUGCACUCCUGUAAUCAAACAUGUUUAUGAACGAUAUCACUGUAAGAAUCGUCAAUGUGGACCUCUGAACUUCACUCUUGCAUCUGAGUCCUGUCUUUCCAAACAAUACUAUGCCAUUAAAAGUGUCAGAGUGAUUCAUCUGGACACACUGAAGCCUUUCGUAGAGGACCCAAGGAUGGAUGUCAGAAUUAUCCAGCUAAUUCGAGACCCACGGGCUGUUUUAGUAUCGCGCAUGGUGGCUUUCUCUUCACUUUAUGAGAAAUGGAAGGCCUGGGCGCAGCAGGGCCAGGUGCCCGAAGAUGAUGCGGAGAUGAAGAAAUUCAAUAAAAGAUGUGACCACCUCAGGGUUUCUGCAGAGCUGGGACUCAGCCAACCCUCCUGGCUAAAGCACCGCUACAUGUUGGUGCGUUAUGAAGAUAUCCCCUGUUAUCCUAUGCAGAAGGCAGAGGAGAUGUACAAGUUCAUGGGGAUCCCAUUCAGUUCCCAAGCAAGAGAGUGGAUUCUGAAGAACACACAUACUACUAGGAAAGUCACUGGACUUUACUCCACCCAGAGGAACUCAUCAGAGCAGUCAGAGAAAUGGAGAUUUAGCAUUCCUUUUAUACUGGUUCAAGUUGUGCAGGAACUGUGUGGACCCACCAUGAAGCUGUUGGGGUACAAAUUUGUGGAGGAUAAAAAUACCCUGACCAAUAAAUCUAUUAGCCUGCUUGAGGACAAAGUGUUUUAUUGGUCAAGAGAUCCAAGUUUAGCUGUGAAUCUGCAAAACACUGCAGGCAAAUAG